AUGUCCUGUUGCAAUCCUGCCUGCAAAGGCUGCUUGACCUGGCCCUUUGCUGUUUCAGGAAGGAGCUUUGUUCGGUUCCAUGUGCUUCCCGACGUUCAGCCGGCAAAUAGCUUUCAAGCUGGCAGGAACGGGUUGCGGGUUAACACCCCGCCUGGCUUGCGGCAGCUGGCUGGCUCCAAGGGCAGCCGUAGCUCCCAAAGUCAAAGAGCGGCGUUUGCGCGGCGUUUUACAUUUCCACACUGCUGUGCCUGCAGUGCGCUGACGCAGGAGUUGGCGGUUUUAGCGCAAGGGGCGUGUUUUGCUAUCGAAUCAGUCUUGAUAAUUGCGGUGCGAUCCGCUUCUGUCAUUGGGGCUCUGUGA